AAGUAUUUCCCCACGGCAGCGGAACUCAGGCAAGCGGACCACUUACAGAAUGCUGUUUUCAAUGGGGCUUAAAACAUCGUGGAACGUAAUGUCGUCUUUCAGGUCACUGUAGUUUUAAGGUGCAGAGAUGUGUGAAACAAGAGAUAAGGACCUGUAUGCUGUCCUGGGAGCCAGCCCCUCAGACUCAGUGCAACAGAUCAGACACAGAUAUCAACAGUUGGUCUUGCAGUUCCAUCCAGACCGCCUUGGAGGGGAGUGCUCCUCUGAAUCGGCAUCUAGUAUGAAGUUUUUAGAGGUUGAUGCAGCCUGGAAGAUCCUCAAGGACCAAAAGACACGAAGAGAAUAUGACUUGAAGAGGAGAGAACAAGAACUGAGGCAAGACUGGCCUGAAGAUUCUACAGUCUAUUUGGAGGACAUGGCCUGGAACAAAGAUGAGCAAGUAUAUACACACUACUGUCGCUGUGGAGGAAGAUUCUGUGUUACAAAGGAAGAGGUGGAGGGGGCAAAAAUUGCACAGCAGGAUGAUGAAGAGGAGGAAUCUAAGGAAGGACAGCACAGAGGAGUGAUUGUUUGCUGUGAUACAUGUUCACUCAGUGUGCAAUGUCACAUGGCCGUUUGAUAGAGACAAUCAAAUGUUAACAUGCAAACAGUUAUUUUUUUUUAUAAAUCUUUAACCUUUGACACUGCUGAGCCUCAAUACAAAAUCAGGUUGGUUCCUCUUAAAAGGGAGUUUUUUCUUGCCACUGUCACCUUUAGGCUUGCUCUUGGGUUUUCAGGCCCGGUUUUGUAAUGCUUUUUUAGACAGUUUGUAUUGUUAUUGAUGCUAUACAAUUAAAGUUGAAUUGAAUCACAA